UCCAAACACAUAAACCCUAUUUCAAGAAAACCACAAUAUUCCUUCCUAGUAAAGUAAAAACCAAUUAAGCCUCGAUACAGUUAGUCACAUGAAAAGAGCAGCCUUCAAAAUUUCAGCUCACCAAAUUUAAAACCGCUAUAAGCAUAUAAACUCAUGCACGCCAACUCUACCAUAUAACUCACAACAUGCCCAUGCACUCUCACAACAUUAUGACCCUAAUCAACCCUAAAAACAUGGCUGCUAUCAUUUCUUCCUCCAAUAAUUCCUCCGUUCCCCGAGGCGGUGCUGGUGCUGGUGGUGGUGGGGUCUUUUUCUUUUCGGUUUUCGUUCCCGAGGUUCAGAUGUUGGAAUUGGCACUGGCGGUCACGGUUUUCGUGACAAUACAUGCCCUGCGCCAGGGGAAGAAGCAUGGGCUAGCGUAUUGGCCAGUUGUGGGGAUGUUACCUUCUUUGAUUCUUGGGCUCCAGAAGGACAUGUAUGAGUGGAUUUCUAGGGUUCUUUGCCGGAUGAAUGGGACAUUCACCUUCAGAGGGCCAUGGUUUACCAAUCUCAACUGUGUGGUCACUUCUGAUCCAAGAAACCUGGAGUAUCUCCUCAAGACAAGAUUCUCAAACUUCCCGAAAGGCGAAUAUUUUCGCAGCAACGUCCAGGAUCUUCUCGGGGACGGGAUUUUCAGCGCGGAUAAUGAGAUGUGGCAGAGCCAGAGGAAAACAGCAAGCCUGGAAUUCCACUCUGCAAAAUUUAGAAACCUCACUACUAAUUCCCUGUUAGAGCUUGUCCAUUCCAGGCUUUUACCUGUAAUGGAGGACUCAAUUAACCAAUCUACGCCGCUCGAUCUGCAGGACGUUCUCCUCCGCCUCACAUUCGACAACGUCUGCAUGAUCGCCUUCGGGGUCGACCCGGGGUGCCUCCGCCCCGGCCUGCCAGAGAUCCCGUUCGCGCAGGCCUUCGAGGCUGCAACAGAGGCAACCAUCACGCGGUUCGUGGUCCCCACGUUUAUAUGGAGGAGCAUGAAGUAUUUCUGCUUGGGGACCGAGCGGGCGCUCAAACAGUCGCUGAAGAAGGUGGAUGAGUUUGCUGAGGAGGUUAUCAGGACGAGGAAAAAGGAGCUGGCCCUGGCAUCAGAUGGGACCAAACAGAGAUCAGAUCUGUUAACUGUGUUCAUGGGACUGAGAGAUGAAGAUGGGAGGCCGUUUUCGGACAAGUUUUUGAGGGAUAUUUGUGUGAAUUUCAUUUUGGCUGGGAGAGACACUUCAUCUGUGGCGCUGAGCUGGUUUUUCUGGCUUCUGAAUCGGAAACCUGAGGUGGAGGAGAGAAUUCUGGGUGAAAUUUGUGGGAUUUUGAACUCCAGGGAGGAUGGUGCUGAUACAGAGAAGAAUCAGGAGACAUUGGUAUUCAAGCCAGAAGAGAUCAAGAAAAUGGAGUAUCUACAGGCUGCUCUUUCAGAGGCCCUCAGAUUGUACCCUUCAGUUCCUGUUGAUCACAAGGAGGUUCUUGAAGACGAUGUUUUCCCAGACGGGACAGUGCUAAAGAAGGGAACCAAAGUAAUCUACGCAAUCUACGCAAUGGGGAGAAUGGAGGCCCUGUGGGGAAAAGACUGCAGAGAGUUCAAACCAGAGAGAUGGCUAAGAGACGGAAGAUUCAUGAGUGAGUCUGCUUACAAGUUCACCGCCUUCAAUGGCGGCCCGAGGCUCUGCUUAGGCAAAGAUUUCGCGUAUUACCAGAUGAAAUUCGCCGCCGCAUCCAUUCUGUACCGCUACCACGUAAAGUUGGUUGAGAAUCAUCCCGUCUCGCCAAAGAUGGCUCUCACACUCUACAUGAAACAUGGCUUGAAAGUCACGCUUUCCAGGCGUGAUCUGAACAACAAUGAGUAAGAACCAUUCUGUGGGUUUUUAUUCAAUAAUAUUAUACUUCUUUAUUGUUGUUUUUUUCUCUUUUUUUGGGGUGGUAACUGGUAAGUAAGAUAUAUAGACUGGGAAUUGAAACUGGGUUGUUCAAGAAUGGGAACACUAAGGAUGUAUUGGACAUGUGUAGAGACUGCUAUUAAGAAUGGACUUUUCUUUUUUCAAUUUCUGUA